AUGGCCGACAUCACAGAUCAACACGACCAGACCUCACCCACCGAGCUCGAAGAUCAUGCCGGAAAUGGCGCUUCUGAGACCCGCGGUGUCAAACGCCAACGCCAGGCCGCCGCUGACGACGACGACGACGAUGACGAGAAGGGUGGUCGCGAGCGACGCAAGAUCGAGAUCAAGUUCAUUGCCGACAAGUCGCGCCGGCACAUCACCUUUUCGAAGCGUAAGGCGGGCAUUAUGAAGAAGGCUUACGAGUUGUCCGUUCUCACCGGUACACAAGUGUUACUGCUUGUGGUGUCAGAGACAGGCCUGGUUUACACCUUCACAACGCCAAAGCUUCAGCCGCUCGUCACUAAAGCCGAGGGCAAGAAUCUGAUCCAGGCAUGUCUGAACGCGCCGGAGCCCAGCCAAGGCAACGAAAAUGGAGUUGACGACUCCAACCAAGUCGACUCACCCGAAGAGCCACCCAGCCACAUGCAACAGCAACAAGGCCGUUCAAUGCCUCAGAACCCUCACAUGCCCCCGGGAUACAUGCCCAACGUUGGACCCAUGGAUCCAUCGUCGGCGCUAGCAUAUCAGAACUAUGUGCAGCGAGGAGGGCAGUACGCAAUCCCGCCUCAGGCCGGAAUGCCGCAGCACGCCCAGCACCAGUCAUAG